UGUUAAGCUGUUAAGCUGUUUAUGCCACAAACAGUUUGAUCAUAAGUGCGAAAACAAAAACACACGAUAACAUUGUUGUCGCGAAAUGAGUGAGAACGAGGAUACCACAUUGCACAUGGAACUUAUUGAGUACGCAACAGUUUCCUGUCGCUUGCUGUUUAUACAGGAUGCUGCAACAUUCACCGAUUUCACGCCGGGCAAUGCAGACAACGAGCUAUCCACGAUGGAGCUGUGUGAGAUUCUAUUGAGAGACAUUUUGCCCAAGGUGCACAGCUAUCAGUUAACAGAAGCCGUUAAGAAGCGCUUGAAAUUACUCGAUCUGCAUCCGGGAUUUCGUAAAACCCCUGAAGGCUAUCAAUAUGUAUCAAAGAGCAAUGAGAGGCCAUUUACUUUAAAACUUGGACGCGAUUUCAAUUCAAUAGACAGGUUGCCUCGAUUGCUGUCUGCACAACCGAAGCGGCCGAAGGAGUUUCAAUUAAAUGCGACGGACGACUCACACACAAUGCUCGUGGAGCAGCAUGUAGUGUCAUUCGUAAUGCCCAAAUUCCAAUUAAGCCAGGAUCUUGCUGCUCUGCUCUCGGCCUUCAUAUCAACCGAUAUGGAAUUGUCCUGCGCUCAACUGCAUAGUGUGCCAGAGAUCCAGCGGCGUUUGCGACGAGCCAAGCAAUCCUUUGAGGAUACGGCUAAUGUGCUGCCACUUCGAAAAAAUCUCGACAUGAUCGUUGAUUAUGUGAUCAUUUUUGAGAAACUUAAAAAGAAACUUUGUAAUGUAUUGUCACACGCUUAAAGCUAUAAGAACAAGACUCGAUUUUAAUAGUUUAUAAAGAAAAUAGAUUAUUUUAAGUUAUCUUUAAUUAACGCUAACGGACAGACUUCUUCUUCCGCCUGCUACGUUCAUCGCUCAACAGGUAAACGAGGUAUUGUGAUCGGGCUCUCACACUCUUUGUGCUAAGAGUAACUCUGGGUGCACCACAACAAACUCUCUCACUCUCUCCCGCUCUCGUGGCCAGCUUCAGUCUUGUGUGCUGGGGGUUUCGAUUUCGGUUGCUGGUUUGGCUUUUCAGUCGCAAUCUACGUGUAACCAAAGAUAGACGAGGUGCCGGGUAUCACGAGUCCCCCUCGAGUGCGUUUUGCUUUUGGGUUCGCUUACGUUUCGGGAGAGUGUGAUAGAGAGAGAGAGCGCGGUGAGCGGGACGCGAAAGUGCGGAGCGUGGCUCGUAAUGUCUGCCAAAGCGUAACGAAAAUUUUCAAGACAACAAAAGCGAGCAGCAGCAGCACCAACAACAACAACAACGGGCAGCAUAUCAUUAAUGGCAUUUUCUGUUUCGUUUCGAGUUUGUGUGUGAAAAGUGCACAAAAGUAGCAAAUGAAUGGCAAACAAAUGAAAAUGUAAAAGAGUUGCGCUAACCAAAGAAAACUUGAAAUUUUGUGCGUCGCAUCGUCGUCGUCGUCGCAUCGAUCGCAUUGCAAGUUUUGUUCGUCAGAUGCUCACAUCCGCUUGCCAACAACAGUGAACAGCAGUUGCACAAUUCAAACACAACUGCUAGUAGUAAUAA